AUGAGUCUAGCCUCGAAAUUAAAUAGAAUAAGAGAAGAAUCGCCGAAUACAAUGUACGAAAAUCUAAAUACAUGUAUACAAGCAGCGGCAAAUGAACCUCUUGGGGUAAAAGUAUUCUCUGUAAAAUACAAAAACAAGACAACAUGGUGGAAUAAAGAUUUAGGAAAAAUUGUAGAUGAAAAGAAAGCUGCUUAUGGGAAAUUGCUAAGUACACAAAACGUGUAG